AUGGCGUUGCGAGCGGUCACGCUCAUGUUACUGCUCCUGAAGUUGUCGAUUUUCGUGUAUUGUACUCUUGGCAUUAAAAAGAAAUCAUAUAUAAAUGAAUCGGUAUGCUAUUCAGCAUUUCCAGAGGAUAAAAUUAUCCUUGAAAAGGAGUCAUUCGUCUACGGAUCAAUAUGGGUGUACAAACAUAGCUCUGGUUUACAUAUGAAAUCGAAAGGACUAGUGAAACUUCUAGUCAUACUUGCUGGAGACAUCGAGAUAAAUCCAGGUCCUCGCUUUACUUGUAUUACCUGUACAAAGGAUAUCAGAAGGAACCAACUCAAAGCAAAAUGCAAAACCUGUUGCCAAUACUUCCAUGCAAAAUGUAUGAUAGAAAAUUUCGACGAAGAUUUAUACUGCCGUGUGUGUCACAUACAGCCGGAGGAAACUGGAGAAACCAACAACGAUUGCUAUAAAGAACUUUGA